AUGGAUAGCGAUGAGUAUAAAAAAGAAGUUGAAGCAAAUGUAAAGGCAGAAAAACUUUUACAGUUGCAAAACCAAACCGUACAGUAUGAAAACUUAGCACAAGAAAGUAAAAAUAACGACGCAGCCAUGCAAAAGGCAAUGAAAAGCGCAGAAUAUAUAAAAGCUAACAAUGACUGGUUAGAUGCCCAAGCCAACGCCAAAGCAGCCCAACUUAUAGGGUCAAUAAGGACAAAAAUACAAGCGGAUGAAGACAGUUCAAAUGAAGCUUUAACAAAUGCUGACUUUAAGAACGCCUUCGAAGCUCUUCAUAGUAAGGUGAAACAAGUGAACGACUUCUCAUCUGGAAAGAAACUGAAGUCUGAAGGUUUCGACAAAGAGUUAAAAGAAGUAGCACAAAAUAUGACGAAAAUAACAGAUGCAGCAACGAGACAGGCAGUUCAAAGUGCCUAUGACGCCGUUAGAGCAACUGUUGUGGAAAGUCAAGAAAAAGAGUUACAACAGACCAAAACAGACCUAGUAAAUGCUUUCUUAAAAACGAAAAGUCAGGUAGGACAUUAUGCUGCAGAUGGAACAUAUGUGCCAGCUGGUGGAACUUAUAUACCACCAAACCCUCCAAGAGAAGCACCUGCACCAGGACUACCUAAAACAUUUACAUCGUCACAUGGACACAGACACAAGCAUGCACCAAAACCAACACAACAACCAACAGUUCAAAAUCCAGCACAACAACAACAACCAGCACAACAACCACCUCCACAACCAGCACAGCAACCAACAGUUCAAAACCCUGCACAACAA